CAUAUAACAUUUUUGAAAAAAAAAGUUGAAAUUCAUGAACUUAAGUGAUCUUUAAAAUUCUAAGAACCUAAGGAGCCUCAAUUUGAAAUACCCUGUAUAAAUUUUUCCAGUAUUGUGAGAGUGUAAAGAUUGACAAUUGUCCAGAAGCCAUAUCUAACAUCUGAUACAGAUUCAAUCUAUACUCAAUCUUAACAAGGAUUCACACAAAUAAGAUAAUGUAUGUACAGUGUCUACUGUUGCUAUGUGUUGUGUCCUGCAUAGCAACAACCAAUCAAAUGUGUUCUGAAUAUCUAUCCAGCAGCUGCUUUUGUGUAAAUGACAAUGCUGAAAACAUUCGUUGCAUCUUUAACACAACUGAUGCAUUAGAAAUCCUGAACAAUUCUAUGAUGAUAGAAACAGUGAUGAAUUUGACAAAAUUAGAUAUCUCAGGAAACAAUCUGAGUGCUCUGCCAUCUUCUUUCUUUAAUGGAAUUUAUACUAUCCGUGAACUUGAUCUCAGUGAAAACAACUUUAAUAAGUUACCCACAUUCCUUCCUCUAGAAAUUGCUACGAACAUUAAGAAAUUGAAAGUAUCAUCUAAUCACCUUACAGAUAUAGAUGAUUUUACUUUCUCUACAUUGCAUCUUCUAGAAAUGCUUGACAUUUCUUACAACCAGCUAACCGAGGUUAAAGACAAUACAUUUGUAAAUAACAGGUACCUAUGGUGUUUAAAUCUGUCAAAUAACAAACUGCAAUCACUCUCAGCAACAACAUUCAAUGGACUGGAAAAUUCUGUCCGAGACUUGGACGUUAGUGAAAACAACCUAUCCAUCCUUCAUUCAGAAACCUUCAUGAACUUGCAUGAUCUGAAAUCAUUGAAGCUUGCAUACAAUCAGUACACCGAACAAAUCUCAAAUCUGCUCAUUCCGCAUCAUGUUGUUCUACUGGAUCUGAGUAAUUCUGGAAUACAGCAAAUAAAUGACUGCCAGCUUGAAGGACUUAUUGACCUUGAAUAUAUAAAUCUCCAUGGUAACCCCUUAACCUGUUCUUGUCACUUGAGCUGGCUCCACCAACGUUUACUCCACAACCAGGAAAUGGACAGUAUCCAUACAAUUCAUUCACAUGAGAUCAAUGAUUGGACGUGUAAAACACCAGAGGGAGCUACAAUCAAUGUGACCGAUCUUAAAGUUCAAUGCUCAGGUCACUACUUUCUUAAUCCACCAGAACAUUGCAAGAAAUCAAAGGAUCCAGACACUGAAACUGGGGAAGAGAUAAUAAUAGAUAAGCUGAAAUUAAAGACAGAAAAGGAAGAUGAUGGAGUUUCUGUCACAUGGAGAAGUUACAACAAUUCAAACUUUUACGGCUACGACAUCACAAUAUUCAACGACGAUGGAAACAAAAUUUACCAUUCUCCAACUCUCCAUCAAUCUGCAACAAAGUAUUCAGCACAAUCUUCUGAACUCAGAAAUGGAAAAUAUCAAGUAUGCCUUAACGUACUUCAAAAUGAAACACAUAGCGCUGGUCGUGUUUGUAAUGAAAUUUCUUAUUUAGACUUACAAAUUAUAGUAGGUAUCUUAGCAGGUGUUAUAUUUUUAAUUCCAUGCAUAGUUGCACUCGUAUACAUUAUAUGUUUAGAUAAAAAAAGAUUUCUUUUGUAUGAUGACUACAAUGAAUUGUCUGUGCCAACAGAAGAAAAGGACAAAGACAAAAAGACAGCAGAAAAAACGGAAAAGAAUAAGUCAAAACAAAAUACUGCAAAAUGGAGCAAAAACCAAAAAGAUUCACUUAAAGUACCCACAAUAAAAGUAUUUGACUACACAAAAAGUGAUGACCAUUCUCUUCCUGCAGUGCGAAGUACUGAUCGAAUUUUACCUGACGAUGAUGUCAGUAUUGAACCUGAUGGUGACUCAGGAAGUAGCGCUGGAAUUCGUAUUGAUAUUCCUAGUGAUAACGAAGAACCUGGGGUCGCAAACGAAGGUUAUACAGAAGACGCUGCUGCAGGAUAUGACAUUAAACUCUAGACAAUAUAACCCCAUAUCUUAUCAUGCUUCAUUUAGAACAAGCAGACGUUAAAAAUCAUAAAUAUUCAUCAUUGUUGCUUCAAGCAGAUGUCAGAUAUCAUGAAUAUUCAUCAUUGUUGCUUCAACAUGACAAUUCAUACAUGUAAUGUAAAUAUUCAUUUGGUAUAAAAUAUUAUAUAAGAAAGAUAUCAUGUGUAGACAAUGAAUCAACCAAACCUUGACAAUCUGCCUGAAAACCACAAUUAAAACUCUUUCAUGUGCCAUUUUUUUAAUUUUUUUUUAGAGAUAUUUAAACUUUUAAACAUAAAUUCUUGACAUUUUUAACAUAAAUUUAUGAUCUCAGUUGAAAUAUUGCAUAUUAAACUACUGAUGGGUCAUUUUAUUUUUAAAUCAAUUUUAAAAUGGAUAAGUUUGAUUAUUGCUAUUUUGUGCAAUUUUCCUUUGAUAUUUUUUGUGAUAAUUUUUCAUAUGCUACUAGUUUGAGAUGUAACAUGAUCGCUAGAAACUAAGGAGGCAUGCGGCGUUGCUAAUGAAAUUGACAACGUCAUCAUAGAUAAAGUAGCGAUAAACAGAUUAUCAUUGGUCAUCUCAACUCGAUUGCUUUUCUCGCUUUCGCCAUUUCAGUUCAAGCGAGAAAAUUAAUCUUGUUGAGUUGAUCAACAAUAAUCUAUAAAUAUUAGUGGCUUUAAUAAUGAUAUAUAGAUUAUAGAUAAUAGUGAUAAGAUUUAUACUGAAUUUCUUAAAACAGUGAAAAAAUUAAAGUAAAUGGAAAUGAUGCCUUUUUAUUAUAUAUUUUUCUUACAAAAUACAUCCAAAAUAAAAAAUCAAAGCCUUAACUAUCAUUUUUAUCAUAUGUAUCAUUGAUAUUUCCUAAUAUAAAAAAUACAAUAAAUUCUUAUAAAUGUACCAGCUUUAUAUGUGAUGUAUAUGACCAGUUAUCAUUUCCUUAUGCUGUUUUCAUCCUGUUCUCAAUUUCAGCAAGAAUAUGGCUUAAAAUUACAAAUUUACAAAUAUUUAGAGAAACUUAGACCCAAAACAAUAGUUGUCAUAUACAUCACCUGUAAAAAUGGUGCACAACAUUACUGUUUUUGUCCCAAUAAAAUAUAAUUUUGGCCACAAAAAUGCUAUUAUUCAAAGCCAUCAUAUUGUUAAUAUAUAUAUGUGUUAUUUUUCAAUGUAUAGUUAUUGCAUCAUUUGAAUGUACAAAAUAUAAUGACCAGUUAUAAUAAAUACUUAGUAACUAUACCACCAAUGCAUUACCUGAUGGAAGAAUUGGUUAUGAAUGAUAUCUUUAUUUAAUGUAACUAGUCACUACAUUUCAUUUGUAUUAAUGACUGUCAGUGGCGGAGCCAGAGGGAGGAUUCUAGAGGGUUCCCCCCCUUGUUUUUUAAAGAUCAAUCCAUUUGAAUGGGGACAAAUGUUUGGAACAUUCUCCCCUUUUCAUCUUAGGUUGGGAACCCCCCUUUUGAAAAUAGCUGUAUCCGCCAUAGACUUCCAUUACUUUGCUACUAUUUCAAGCUAUAAAUAUUUGUACAAUACAAUCUAGUAUAAAGAAAAGUUAUUUUUGAAGUAAUACUACUUUUCUGUGUGUAACGAUAAUAAUUAAUCAAAUUCUAUAAUUUAAGCCACAGCAUUUCAGAUAUUACAAAUUUGACAUUUAAUUGGAAAUUUACAACACCAAGUCAAAGUUUCUACGUGCACUUCAUCUCAGCUAUUCUUUGCAAUCUCAACAUUGCACUAGUUUACAUAGUUAAGUACACAAGGUGACUCAUUAUUCAAAUUUUUACUAUAAAGUCUAAAUAUUUUAUCAUUACUCAACAUAUUAAAUCUUUAAAGAUUCUGUCAAGAGGCAAUUCAAAAUUGAAAUACAUCUUUAAUCAAGUAUUGUUGGAAGCUGUUUCUAGUACAAUGUUUCUAUAUUCAUAUACACAAGUUGAUAUAUUUUUGAGUCAUUUUUUGUUCUUUUUUACCUUCAGGGGUGAUUAAAAACUUAGAUCAUGAUCAAUUAUUGAAAUUUUAAUUAUUUUCAUAUGUAUUAACACAUUGCAGUAACACUAAUAUGUAAUGAUAUAUUGUGAUUUUGUUAAACAUGACCUGGAUUCUUCAAAAAAGAGUUUUACUGUGUGUAUUGCUGGUCAUUUUUUGUGUCUAUUCAAGUCAGUAACUUCUUGCAAAAGUUGUUAAUC